GGUGUGGAAAUCCCACUGAACGGGCACGGUCUAUGUCAAAUCGGUACAUGUUAGGGAAACCGGGGCAAAUAUUUUUGGUUCCAUAUAACUCAGGUGCUCAUUGGAUGUUGUCGGUGGUGAACCCGGAUGAAGAAGUCGUGCAUUUCAUGGAUCCGCUAAAAAGGCGACUUUGUGCUGGUGAAUGGAAAAGUAUUGUCGACAACUCUAUUAAAAUCUUCAAUGCCCAAAAGGCUAGGAAAGGAAGGAAAAUAAUCCAAUGGAAGAAUCUUGCUGGUAUUCCGGAGCAAACUGAUUCUAAGACUUGUGGUUAUUUCGUCAUGCGUUAUAUGAAAGAAAUUGUGGAGGACAAGAACUUGGAGUAUGCUACCAAGUGGGAAAGGAAAUCAAAUCUUGCUUACACACAGAAGGAUAUUGAUGUGGUUCGAGCUGAAUGGGCAAAUCAUGUUAUGAAGUUCUAACUUUGGUUCUGUUUAAGGUAGAUGAGUAGCACCAGGAAUUGCUUUUGUGCAUUUAUAUAUAAUUGAUGGAAAGUGUUGAUGAACCUAAAUUAUGCAUGCAGUUGCUUUGCCUAGCUACUCUUUCUUUACCUUAUAGGUUUUUGACUUAGUGCAAUAUUAGGUAAAUGAUCGAGAUCGAUGAGAUGGUUUUUUGGUUCUCUUGAUCAUUAUGUAACUGUUGGCUAGGUUUAGAGUUGGAACUAUGGAUUGUAUUUUGGAUGAUGUUGAUGCAAUUAAUGAAACGUAGCCAUCAUUUUCAA